CUUUGGCAAUAGGCUUAGGUAUAUCGGUGCUAUUUACGGAUGUUCCCUUAAACUAUGCACGGUAGCAAUCACAAAAGCAUACGGCUACCUUGGUCCUCUCCAGUCUCAGAUCCUAAAACCCCAGAAGCACAGGACCGAAAACCCGAAGGGUGGUUUUGGCCAUGAAUUCAAUAUGCAGAGCAAUAACCACAAAAAAACGCCUUCUUCUCUUGCGUCCCCUGCAGCUUCUGCAAUCUCACUACGCCACCACCACUGGAAAAACUAAACCCAAAACCCAAAACACUAAAACCAUCACUAAACCUCCUCCUUCCAAACCACCGCCAAAGGUCGAUUGGCCGAGGCCGGUCGAAGUCCCGUUCCAGCCGAAGGUUGCCAAUUCAGUGCGCCUCAUUGGUCACGUGCAUACCCCUCUUCAAUCCCAAGCUACCCCUGAUGGGAACGUUUGGGCUGCCACCAUUCUCUCCUCUUCUUCAUCUUCGUCUCAUUCUCUAAAGAUGCCCAUAAUAUUUGAGGGUGACUUGGCUCAUAUUGCCAGUUUGCAUUUGAAAGAGAAUGACUUUGUGUUUGUAGCUGGAAGUUUGAGGUCGGAUUUGCAUCAUCUAAAUGCUAGUAAGGGCCAGACCCCUCUCCAGGUUAUGGUGCAUACUCUUUACUUUGUCGAAGAAUCUUCUCAAACGAAAAAAAGCUCUAAAGAUGACAGACAAGAAGAAAAGACCAUUGAUCACACAGUAGCAGCAGGUGUAAAGGAGGACAUGGAGAAAUCAUGGAAAAAUCUCCUCACAUGGAAAGAUCUCCUUGCCAAGCCUCAUGAGUGGUGGGACAUCAGGUCGUUAGAGGAUAAUCCGAAGGCUGCAGCAUUUGAACGGAAGAAUAAUGGCGAAGUACUUCGGAUUGAUGACUCAACUCCUGAAUGGAUCCGAAAUAAGUUAGAUUCCACAACAUUUGAUCAGAAACCUAUAUCAGAUAGUUGUGAAACCAGCUUGAAGAACGAUGGGGAUUCUACGUUAGGUCCUUGGAGAAACCUUCUUGAUAAUCCAAAACAGUGGCGGGAUUACCGCAACCCCAAGCUCAAUGGAUUGGUAAACCCAAACCACCCUGAUUUCAAGAGCAAGGACGGUGGUCAUGCACUCUGGCUUAACAAGGCCCCACAGCCGGUUUUAUCAGAACUUGAAGGCAUGGAGUUUGAUGUUCAAAUUCAGAAGUCAAAACAAGCAAAGGAGAGUAGAGGUGAUGAGUCCUGGAAGGACUUGGUGGAAAACCCGGGUAAAUGGUGGGAUAAUAGAUUGGAAAAGCGGAACAAAAAAGGUCCAGACUUUAAACACAAAGAAACUGGUGAAGCACUAUGGCUCAGCAGUUCACCAGCAUGGGUGCUACCUAAGCUGCCACCUUUAAGAACUAAGCAAGCUGUGACGAUUGGCAAUACGCCUACCCAAUCUCUAACAAUUUUCAUACAUACUUUUAUAGUAGCAGCAGGUGUAAAGGAGGACAUGGAGAAAUCAUGGAAAAAUCUCCUCACAUGGAAAGAUCUCCUUGCCAAGCCUCAUGAGUGGUGGGACAUCAGGUCGUUAGAGGAUAAUCCGAAGGCUGCAGCAUUUGAACGGAAGAAUAAUGGCGAAGUACUUCGGAUUGAUGACUCAACUCCUGAAUGGAUCCGAAAUAAGUUAGAUUCCACAACAUUUGAUCAGAAACCUAUAUCAGAUAGUUGUGAAACCAGCUUGAAGAACGAUGGGGAUUCUACGUUAGGUCCUUGGAGAAACCUUCUUGAUAAUCCAAAACAGUGGCGGGAUUACCGCAACCCCAAGCUCAAUGGAUUGGUAAACCCAAACCACCCUGAUUUCAAGAGCAAGGACGGUGGUCAUGCACUCUGGCUUAACAAGGCCCCACAGCCGGUUUUAUCAGAACUUGAAGGCAUGGAGUUUGAUGUUCAAAUUCAGAAGUCAAAACAAGCAAAGGAGAGUAGAGGUGAUGAGUCCUGGAAGGACUUGGUGGAAAACCCGGGUAAAUGGUGGGAUAAUAGAUUGGAAAAGCGGAACAAAAAAGGUCCAGACUUUAAACACAAAGAAACUGGUGAAGCACUAUGGCUCAGCAGUUCACCAGCAUGGGUGCUACCUAAGCUGCCACCUUUAAGAACUAAGCAAGCUGUGACGAUUGGCAAUACGCCUACCGCAUGAAACACGCAAGCAUCUGUUAGUUGUGUUUGAGCAAAUUUUGGAAAAUGGAUUUUGGCUGUCCUGAUAUUCGAAUUAUUCUGAUGUUUUGCAGCUUAUUGCACCUGUUUAUAGUAGCGUCGGAGACCACAUGGAUGAUUUAUUUAAUUCUUCCAUCUUGCCCUGCACAUGCUUAAUAUAUUUCUGAAAUGUACCAUACUAUAUAGAAAAUACAUCUUCAGGGAAUGCAUAUUUUAUUGCA